AUGGAAUUAGACAAGCGUUUCGGAGUGGCCACCGAACUGGUGGAAACGAUGUCAAUGAUGGCGGUAGGUCGCCAGUUGGUUGUCCAUACCAUUCGUCAGGAGGAGGACAGUGGCGUCCUGGGCGAGUAUGUCCGUGGACAGGGCAUGAUCUUGGCGGAUGCGCUGCUUAAGCUUAGUGUUGGUGUGCUUCUACAUGUGCUCACUCACGAGUUAGGGCAUGCGUUCCAUCGUACCGUGCUUAAGUGCGGUUGGCAGCACUACGACAAGGCAGUUGCAGCCGAGCGUCGUCGAGCGGCACGGGAGAAGCGACCCUUCCGCUGUCCUGGCCAUAACGAAACCUGGAUGUGGUGCUGCGAGGAAGUGCAGUAUAGGUUGGGUAUCAAUUUUUUUCCAAUAUUUGAUGUUUUGUUGUGAUCAGUGAAAUAAAAUUUGUAAUAUUGCAAUCUUGCUUGAUUUAUUGCCAUUUUUUAUUAUAAAUAUAUUUUUAUAAACAAGUAGAAUUUGUAAACAGUUUACUGAGCAAAGUUGUAUUAGCUUUUACAAUAGUGAACCGUACCGAGACCGGAAAUUAAAAUAAAUUUUAAAAAUUUUGGCUACGGUUAGUUUUGAUUCAAAAGUGAAGCAAGAUCAGCUAUUAGGUUGAGCUAAAAGUAGCGGGACACUUUUCGUUUAAUUUUUAACUAAAAGGUGUCCCGUUAUUUUUGGUUCAACCUAAUAUUAUAGUAUAUAUAUCUACAAAACCUAACUUAUUUUACUUCUUUUGUCGUAUAUUUACUAGGUUCUAUAUACUCUCUUUUUACAGUGAUUUGUGGUUACGUUCCUUCCUUAUAACGCUGUUAAGAUUGCUUCAUAAUUUUUAAAAUUUAAAUUUGAUUUUCAGGAUGUCAAAACUGAACACAAGGACAUUCUUUGGGAUAUGUUUUGUGCUAACAACAGUAAUUGUGGUUUUGACAAUGCAUGUAUUAGACACUUCGUAUAAUGACGUGCUUACACAUACAUUAACUCCACAGGUCAAUCUUACUCCAGAUGAUAAUUCUUGGUAAGUUAUUUUUGCUUUGUAAAGAAAGUUCUUGCUAAUUUUUGAUUUGUAAAGAAAGUUCUUUUUAUUUCUUGUUUUGUAAACAAAGUUCUUGCUAUUUUUUGCUUAUAAAGAAAAUUCUUGCCAAUUUUUGCUUUGUAAAGAAAGUUCUUGUCAUUUGUUGUCUUGUAAAGAAAAUUAUUGCUAUUUCAGGAAUCUAUUAUUAGAUUUUGACUGUCUGGACCAACUCAACAACAACAAACCUUGUGAUUCCCCACUUAACAUUGCUGUAUUUUCGAAUUUUGACAAUUACCAUGAACAUAUCAACGUCAUCUUCAACAUGUCACGCAACAUAUCUCACGACUUUACAACGUUUACACCGACAAUAAGAGGGGAAUUAGUUCAUAUCAUAGUAAACUUCAAGUUAUGGCAUUUGCAACGAAUUCGAUUGACAAACAAUGUCACGGUGAUGUCUGCCGUGCCAAGCGAUGACUUUAUGAUAAAAUGGACAAAGUCACGGUACUUGGAAUGUGGCAGUAGUGGAGUGACGAAUAGGUCAAGGUGGGACAGUAAAAGGUAUCUACCAUUGAGUGUGGUCAAAGAUGUUAUGGCACCUUAUAGGGAGUUUUGUGACAAAGUUAAUAAGACGGCUUAUUUAAGUGGUGGGUCUUUGUUGGGUAAGUACUUUUUUUGCUAGUUUCUUAUAGUAAGUUCACUGUAGAAAUAACAUAAAAUUUAUUUUGUCUCUUUUAUGUCCUACCUUAGCCUUAUCGUUGGCUUACUCUUGCCUACUGAAACAUGCCUUUGCUCUACUGUUACCUUUACCCUACUUUUAAUCUUAUCUUUUCUUAUUCUUGUCUACCCUUGCCUUGUCUUACCUAUGUUUUACCUUUAUCCUGAUCUUGUUUCACCAUUGUGUUACCUUUCCCUUACUCUUACUUUACUCUUGCCCUAUCCUUGCCCUAUCCUUGACCUAACUUUGCUCUACCACUGCCAUACUCUUCUCUUGCUUUUGCCUUACUCUUGCUCUACUUUUGUUCUAUCCUUGCCAUGCCUCUUCUCAAUUCUUGCCUAACUUUUCUCUCUACUCUUGCACUAUCUAUGCACUACUUUUGCUCUUCUCUUGCCAUACCUUUGUCAUACGCUUAACCUACCCUUGCCUAACUGUUGCUUUACCUUUUUUUUGCUUUUGCAUUAUUUUACUCGCUUUAUUUUUGCUUUAAGGCAUUAACUUUAAAUUAGUAUUGCCUUAUAAUCUAUGCCCUACUUUAGUCCUAACCUUGCCAUGUCUUGUAAUACCAAUGCAUUGGCAGAUUUUUUGCUGUGACACUAUAAUAUUAUACAAUCUUUUAGGCUGGUACCGUGAAUGCUCAAUAAUUCCCCACACGACUGAUAUUGACUUUGGUAUGCCAAUAUCAGACUAUUCUCCAGAGUUUGUUCAUCGACUAGACAAAGAAUACGAAAUGUAUUGGACGUUGGGUAAUGGAAAAUCUUCAAUGGAGCUUUCGUUUCAUGUUGGCAAUGUCAAAACUGAUGUGUUCUUUAUGUUUGAUCGCAACAAAACUCACGGAUAUUACUCCGGAAUGAAGAUUCCGGAAACAAGAGAAGUACUGUGGAUAUAUCCUAAAAUCAAAGAAGUAUGUGCUGGCAAUUUACUGGGUCAUUUGAUGUAUGUUCCUUGUAAUGUUGAGGAUAUGCUCAUUGUAAGUUUUUUAUAGUAUUUUAUUAGUAUUGUAUUCUAAGGCUAUGGUAAAGGCUGUGAUUUUUAAUACUAUAGUAAGGGCUAUGACUGAAAGUAAGACUAAAGUUGAAUUAGUUUGGAGGUCAAGGCAAAGGCGGUGUUAGGAGAGGAAGAGGGAUCAAGCAAAAGCCAGACAGAUUAUUGGGUGGGGUAUGAGGUAUUGUAUUAUAAGAUAAAGUAAGGUUAAGAAAAGGUAGGGCUACAGUUUAUUUACUUGAGGCAGGUUUAUGUAAAUUUGUAAAAGACCCGGUCUUUUUCAAAUUGGCUUUGGCACGGCACAGCCCUUGAGCUCAUUAUUAGGUUUAGGUACAGAUAAUUGUUUAGGCAGGGUAAAAAUACAAAUAAAAGAAAGUAGGGUACCUAAAAAUUUUAAAAAAAAUUAAAAUUUUUUUCAGGCAGACUACGGUCCAGAAUGGAUGGUGGAUUCACCAUCACGUAACUACGUCUUUGACAAGUCAGGAAGCAAUAUUGUCCCUGGUAAAAAGUUCUCGGCUUUUGAAUGGAAACGAGUUUAUCGACCGAUGAGGGGUUUUAAACGCCAUUAG